UCAAUGCCCUAUGGCCAAUGCCCAUCAAACAAAUAUAAAAAAAGAAUGAUAGCAAUGAACGUGGACAUAACCAACAAAGUUUGGGUUGGUUGUAGAGAAGGUUGAAAACACAAAUUUUGUUGAAAUUUUAGAAUAUUCAAACGAUAUGUCCCUAGUAGUUAAUUUAGCAAACUGUGCCCUAAAAACUGUCCAAGCUUGGGUACCGCAAAUAACUCCAGUUAGAUUCCGAUAUCAUGCAGAGAAAAUAGCCAACGGACCCAUAAUCAAAAGAUAUGGAUACAAAGAUCAUGUUCAUCGAAGGGGGCUCUUGCCUAGAGACAAGGAUGCUGCAAAAUUACCAAUGCCUAUUUAUAGGCCAAAGAACUGUUGGAACGAGAAAAGGGCAUUGUUCGGUCAGAAUGAUUACAUAGACAUCUUAGGAAAUGAAAGGAUCCAUCCAACAAGAAUUCUCUAUAAUAUACCUGAGUGGCUGAGAGGCGUAGGAGGAAAUGAAUACCAAGUAAUGUUGCGUAAAAGAAAGAUGCUUGGCAGAACCGCAUAUCCAUUGGCUAGACCCACCAAAUAUUAUCAACUUCAGAAAAGAAUACAUUUCCUGUAUAGAUUUAUGAAUAAAAAGACACGAACAGGAUUCUCACAUCAAUAAAAAACUAUUUCGUUUUAUACACUAGUUGCAUUAUAACUACUAAACAAUUAUCUUAAUAAAAACAAUUAUCUUUAUUACAAAUUUUCUGUAAAUAAUUUAUAAUACAAUCCUAAAAUUUAUCAACUUUACAACAAGCCAAUUGUAUUGUUCCUAUUUAUAAUUUUAGUAUAAAAGCUUAGAUUAAAAUUGGGGAACACGUUUGCACAAUAAUAAAGGAUAAAAUAAAUAUAUUCUGUGUAAAUCUCUCUGAAAAUUCUAAAAAUAAUAAUUUGCAGAACCAGAUGUUAAUAUAUCUGUAGUAUAAUAACUAGCUAUAAAAUGAUUUCUCAAGUAUUUUUAGGGAACAUAGAUUUGAGUUUUGCAUGUACGUAAUUAUUUUUCAUAAUUAAAUCAUUAGGUAGUGUUGAAAUUACACAUACCUAAAAAAAAAUAAAGCAGUUGUUAUUAGAAAGCAUAUUAUGUUUUAGCAAUUAAUUUUGACAAAAUCUUGCUUAGAAGGAUAGUUUUUCAAAUCUGAGAAUCAUUAUCAUCGAUUCUAUGUACCAUAUCACCUACCAACAUAUCAAACGUAGCUUAAAGAAUAAAAAACACCAAGACCCUAUCUACAAAUGGUUCUGCAAAAACGACAAAAAAGUGGUCUCGUAAUGUUUACUCGAGUCUAGAUGGCGCAAAGAAUGUCUUUCAUUAGGAUAAAUCUGCAGCUGGUAAGGUUUGCCAGCUUUAACCAAGUGAUUAAUCAGCUGAGAUGUGUGGUAAAAGUGCACAUUUUCGUCAAUCAACCCAUGGAUAAUUAGGAGUCUAUUUUCU